CAUGGACUAUGGAACCCCACCCACCGUGUCCUCCAAGCCACGGGUCAUUCAUAACUUUUGGCCAAACAGCACCUCUAUCGUCUUUCCAGACACCUCUACACACUUCAUUCAUUCAAGUAGCCCCAAUUCGGUUUCCGUAGCACCAUAGUACUCAACAACAAACAUGUAUAGUUACUGAACCCGUUUGUUCGAUCAAACCUCAAAAAAGAGAUCAUUAUUUCUUUGCUUUUCCAAGAUAAUGGGAAGUUACAAAAGAGCAAAGCUUGUGCUCGAUGUCUUCCGCAGUUUCAGUUCCAAGAUUCUUCCCAAGACUCCGAUUCCACACCCCAGUAAUCCGGAAAUAACCCAUUCUGGGUCUUCGAUCCUAGGCGCCAAUAGAGCUAAAUUCUUUGGAUUUUCUUCACGGAUUUCUCGUACAACAGUUUCGCAGUACUUGGGACAAGCAGCAAGAAACCACCAGAACGGACCCUUUCUUGGCGGCGCGAAGAGAUUCUACUAUGUGGACUCCGGCCGCGUCCAGCAUUUCCGGCCGAGAGGCCCUCGCCGGUGGUUACAGAACCCGAGAACAGUCCUGAUCGUGGUUGUGGUGGGGUCCGGCGUCCUGAUCACCGUCUAUUUCGGCAACUUGGAGACGGUUCCUUAUACGAAACGAAGACAUUUCGUGCUCUUGUCGAAGCCCAUGGAACGAAAGCUCGGCGAGACCCAAUUCGAGCAAAUGAAGACGGCUUUCAAGGGGAAGAUUCUGCCGGCGAUUCACCCGGAGAGCGUCCGCGUGAGGCUGAUCGCAAACGACAUUAUAAAGGCUCUCCAGAGAGGGCUGAGACACGAGCGGGUGUGGAACGACCUGGACUACGCGUCGUCGGAGAACUAUGGCGCGCCUGACGAGGAGGAGGCGGCGCGCGAUACUUUGAUUGCUCUCAAGGAGACGGAGAAAGAGGAGAAGUGGUUCCGCGACGAGGAGAUUCUCGACGACAAGUGGGUCCAGGAGACGAGGAGGAAAGGUCAGGAACGUGGGUCCCGGGCCGAGACGUCGCAUUUGGAAGGGUUGAAUUGGGAGGUUCUUGUGGUUAAUGAGCCUGUCGUUAAUGCCUUUUGUUUGCCCGGUGGGAAAAUUGUUGUCUUUACCGGAUUGCUUGAGCACUUCAGGACUGAUGCUGAGAUUGCCACUAUACUCGGCCACGAGGUUGCGCAUGCUGUGGCUAGACACGCGGCGGAGGGAAUGACGAAGAACUUGUGGUUUGCCAUUCUGCAAUUGGUGCUUUAUCAGUUCGUUAUGCCGGAUAUUGUCAACACCAUGUCAACGCUUUUCCUAAGGCUUCCUUUUUCUCGGAGGAUGGAAAUGGAAGCUGAUUACAUAGGAUUGUUGUUAAUUGCAUCUGCUGGCUAUGAUCCUCGAGUGGCACCGAAGGUGUAUGAGAAGUUAGGCAAGGUUACUGGAGAUUCCAAAUUGCGAGAUUAUCUUUCGACCCAUCCAUCUGGUAAAAAGAGAGCUCAAUUACUGGCUCAAGCCAAAGUCAUGGAAGAAGCCUUAACUCUGUAUAGGGAUGUCAUAGCUGGCCGUGGCAUUGAAGGUUUCCUUUAGGUGAGAGAAAAGUCGUCACCUUGGAAACUAAUGUAACAGUUGGUUCUAUCUUAAUUUUCAGUUCUUUUAUUUUUACAUCCCCUUGACAGUAAAUUUUUGGGUCGGGAUUCCUUUAAAAUCAAAGGAAUAUAGUGUUUUGUUUUAGGUGUAAUCCAGAUUUUUGACAACCUCUGGAAUUCCAUGUUGUUUCAUUUUUUUCCUUGCUAAAUUUCUAGUUAAAAAAUAAUGCAA